AAAGUCUUGUUCUAUCGGUAUUCAUGAAGAAAGCAUUUCUGAAGUCAUUAUUUUCUUUCUCAGUAGGGAAGCAUGUUAACCUGGAUCAUAUUAGCCCGUUAUAUUUCAUAAACCGACUUUGGUUUAUUUCUUUGCAGCAGUCAUAGCAUACCUUCAUGCUAAUUCUCACGAUGGCGCUAAUACCUUCUGGUAAUAGUGUAUGUCAAUCUCCGUUCCUUCGCCUGUUUGGGUGACGUUGUCUACCGUAAAGAUCUGCACCCAAUUGAUAUUUUUGUCCUGACACGCGCAUGCGGUGGGGCCAUUUCCACCGCCAUAAGCUGAACGGUUCUUCCAUCCUCGCGUCUGCCAGUUCAGCCCGAAAAUGUCAUGUAGGCCAAUCGACUGUUCGGCUGCUGGUCUGAGCGACCUGCAUCUGGAACCGGACCCUGAUAUUUCGGGGAUUGGGGUUUUGGCAGCGUCCCUUGGAACCGCCUGGUUGACCCUCGUAUGCUUGGCAGUCCAUUAUGUCGCAGUGCAGGUUGAACCGUCAUCCAACCUGUUGGACUCGUCGCUACAAGGCGCCGUGCGGCGUGCCCUAAGGUGGAAUUCAAGUAGAGACUGGUCGAGGCCGCUCAGAACUCUCAUACUCGCCAUAAGUGAUCAGCAGCUUGUCACGGGGCUUGCUAUGCUCAUCGGGGCAUUUAGCCAGCUCAACUGUGGCAUAUCAUUUUACCACUGGCAGGUGGCAACGACUCUGGCCUGGUUCGCAUCGAUAACCCAUCUCGCAACUCUCCCAUUCCUUCAAGAGUUCCUCCAAAGCCACAAGUUGCUCCUCUGCCUGAGGGUGAUGUUGAUGUCAGGGGUCGCUAUUAUGCUGGCAAUAGCCUUGCUUCGAAGCGGCGAUCGGGAUGCCCCGGCCAUGUGUGGAAGUGUGGCCAAUGGAUCUGACCCAGUCGGCGACUGGAUCUCUCAGGACGGCGUGUACACGAUUUUAUCGGAAGUCAUACUUCUUGGGACCCUCGUUACUCGGCUUCUGCGAAUGCUUUCACACACGAGCCACGUUGGUAUGAGAAUUCUUAGGGUUGUGCGUGCAAAGUGGCUGGCCUCCAUAGUUUGGCUUUGUAAAAGGCUGCAGGCACGCAGCAAAUUCACUGCCGCGUUUACUCUUUGGGUACCUGUCUUGAGUCUGUCCGUCCUGGUCUCAGUCCAAGCCUUGCUUGACUUCUGGCGAUCCCGCACAUGGGAGCUACUAUGGCUGCUAUUUUCCCUCAUAUGGGGUACCAUGCGGCUAUUUACUGUCCGCUAUAGCAUGCAGAGCAGCAGAGAUAUGCUGGAAGAGAGCUAUUGGGGCUUCGGCCAGGUCAUUCCAGUAUUACUUCUUCUUGUUCCAGGCUUGGUGGUUGUGGAAAGUCUCUCCGAGGUGUCUAGUGGAAAGGCCCCAGAUAUCCCAACCCAAUACGAGAAUCUCCAACUCUUAGAGCUAAGGGAUGGCCAACAAGCACAGUCAACGCCCAGCCCCCAGAGCAAUCCCCCAGCUCCCCUGCGGGCAAUGUCAUGCAUUCGGCCAACUCAAUCGGAGGGCGAUCGGGUAUAUGACAUUAUCAUAGCGGCCUGCGAGCGCGACUUUCGCUCGUGCCCGUGGUACCUGGAUAACCUAUAUUUCAUGAUAUCAUUUAUUGUCGGGGCAGCACCAGUUUACCUCUUGUUUGCCGAGGAAGACUUCCAGCACCUGAACCUGUUUUUUGUGCAAUAUGCAUGUUUACUUCUCGGGGGCUGCUGUCUGUGCCUCUCAACCAUACCCCUUUGCGGAGUUGUGAACACCAUCAAAUCGAACCAAUCCAAACAUUAUGCCUGUUCCGCUAUUCGAAUCGUAAUUGAUCCUGGUAAGGCGUACCGGAUCUGUCGUCAGAUUUACUAUUAUGCCUCCCCGGCUCUCGUCGUAUUGAGUGUGAUUGCGACCGAUAAAAUGUGGAUACUGAUACUAGGUUAUCCUGGGAUUUUCCUGGCCGUCUGUACUUGGAUAGUGUUUUAUAUGUCUCCAUUUUUGUUGUCGGUCUUUGGUGCUAUUUACUCAUUAUAUUGGCAUGCCUCGUAAUGGGACUUGCAUGCAGUGAUUCUACCUUGGGUGCUCUGGGAUCUGCAUCUGUGGGUUAAGUACAACCGUCCUAUGUUAUAUACCAUCUUCCAUACUCACCAGGCCGUGUAUUGUUUCCUUAAUAUAUACCAGUAGCGGCCCUCAGGGUCUGGCUUUGCGCGCACCUGCCUUCUCCGUGCAUGGCCUACUUCGGUUUUUCCAUUAUAGCAUAGCCAGUCUCACCUUCCAUUUUGAAAGGUUGUCAUCUCCAACGCGCCGUCGCGAUAGGCAGCAGU